AAAAGUUUCAUAGGCAAAGGCUGUGUCAAUUGGAGAUGUAAUUGUUUAUUAAUUUGCUUGCAAUUUAGUGGGAUUGUGCAAGGGAAAAGUCUCAAGAUGCUAGCUACGGAGUAUACAUUAGAGUUAUGCAACGUUUUUCACUCUGGACAAGUGGAGCCGGUUAGCUUUUUUCAGCGGUUGACAGGCGGAAUUAAAACUGGAGUCAUACUGAAAGAUGUUUCGUUCACGACCCACAGCGGGGAGGUCACUGCUAUCCUCGGAUCUAAAGGCAGUGGUAAGCGUGCCCUCUUGGACGUGAUAGCUCGCCGAGUGCCGUCCAAGGGUCACAUACUGCUGGAAGGAGUGCCUUUGGAGGAAGACCAGUUCAACAACACCUGCGCGCUGGUGCGCCACUCGACCAAACUGCUGCCGGGGCUCACGGUUCAGCAGACCCUGGCGCUAUCACUUACUAAGAUAUCAGGCUACUUGAAAUCAUCGAAAGUGAAACAAGUGAUGGCGGACUUGGCGUUGUCACAGGUUGCUAACAAGUGUGUCACAACGAUAACGAAGAGCGAAUAUAGGAGACUUGUUAUCGGAGUUCAGCUUAUCCGGGAUCCCAUCAUACUGCUUCUUGAUGAACCAACUUGGGAUCUGGACCCCCUGAGCACAUAUUUGAUAAUUUCUAUACUCUCCAACGCAGCAAAGAAAUAUGGUACUGCCAUCAUACUUACAAUGGAAAAGCCUAGAUCAGAUGUGUUUCCAUUCCUGGAUUGUGUUGUGUACCUCUGCCUCGGAGACGUGGUGUACGCGGGCCCUACCAGAAACCUCCUGGACUACUUCGGCAGCAUCGGGUUCCCGUGUCCCCAACUCGAGAAUCCGCUAAUGUAUUACUUAUGUCUAUCGACGGUGGACAGGCGGUCCAGAGAGAGGUUCAUCGAGUCCAACCACCAGAUAGCGGCGUUAGUAGAGAAGUUCAAGCUCGAAGGGCAGGGCUUGAUGCAGGGUCACGCAGGCGAGCAUAGCCGCAUCGUCAACCCCAACAAGGCAUACGGCAAGCCGGCCGGCGCGCACGUCAUCUGGAUGUUGUACGUGCGGAUGUUAGUGUCAAUUUUCAACUUGAAAAAGAACGGGCUGAAACAGAUGUUCAUGCGAUUAUUUUCACUGCCCAUCUAUUUCUUGAUAUUGUGGAUCUUUUACAACGAGGCGAAGGAUUACCAAAGGGCGUUCAUCACAAAGAGUGGAUUAAUAUUCAACGCUAUGGUCGGCACUUACUUUGUCAGCAUUAUGAACACGAUAUGUUUAUUCGGUCCGUACCGUAGCCGCUACUACCAGGAGUCGCAGGAGGGACUGUACAGCGGCGCCAGUCUGCUGCUCUCCUGGAACGUGGUCUCACUGGCUUUCUCCUUCAUCACUACCUUCGCGUCCGCCGCUAUUAUAUAUCCAAUCCUGGGUGACAUAACGGAAACCCUAGACUACGUAUACUUCGCGCUUGCCCUGUGGUCGUGCUACAUCUACGGGGAGCAGCAAGCCAUCGCCAUCAUGAUGGUCGUGAAGAACGGACUUGUUGCAGCCGUCGCUAAUAUUUACAUCACUUGCAUUUAUAUCAUGCUCGCUGGUGGCGUGCUAAGAUCCUACAAAGGCUUGGAGGACUGGCUGUACUACAUCACAUAUAUAACGCACACGCGGUACACCUCCAUAUUCCUGCACCAGAAAAUCUUCAAGCAACCUACCUUCAACAUUCUACCGUACAACGACCAAGAGAACUGCACCUCCAUUACCAGUCUCAUACAAACCUCCUCGAGUCUCAAUACCAAUUCUAAUUCCAACUGCAGAUACGCUAGCGGCAAAGCUUUCCUAACCGAACGAUUUACCUCCAAGAAUUUCGCAGGAGACAUUUACACCUCCGGAGAUUUCAACCUAGAGUUCAAUCUCGGAAUCUCUUUCGCGUUUUCUGUGGGUAUCAUGGUCUUAAACAAAUUCAUCUACUUAAUGCCGCUGCCAAGUUACAUAAAAGAUAAGUUUAGAGAAUGAUGGAUAAAAAAGAACUCAUGAAAUCUCAAAGGCGAAUGCUAACAGGAAUAUUAUUUAAAACGCUAGGUAUUAUAAUAAAUGAUUAAGGUCAGAUUAGGCGAAUAAGCGGCAUAAGUUUUAUUAUUAAAAAAAAACACAAAAUUAUAUAAUAAAGAUAAUGAUGAUAUCAACAAAUGUUUGGGUUUUCAUUUAAUAAAACCAAAACUUAUUGUGUACUUUUUAUUCAACAUUACAUCCAACACAUUUGCAAAAGUGCAAAGUUAAAAAGUUACAUAGCUUAUUUUUAAUUAUUUCGCCGAAAUGCGGCAACUGAUACCAUUUUUCAUUAAUUUGAGGCAGUUUUUAGAAACUGUUGCAUACUAUUCAAAACAAUAAAUAUAUGCUUCAUCAAGACCAAUGGAUAAUGGCUUUAACUAAGUCGCGAUAAUAGAAGGACACUAAGAUGCCUUCACUUUUAAUUAUCAAGGUGAAAGAGAGUGAGAGAGAAUAAAGCAAAUCUGGUCUUUAAGUAUCAACUAAAGUACGGCCAACGAGAAGCGAUACGAAGUGUAUACAAAUCAAAUUAAUAUAUUUGUAUCUUUAUUCAAAUUGGAUAUAUAGAACAACUCUAUUGAAUCGUCCAAAAAUAAUAUAUUUCCCUACCACUCGUUAUUGGAUUCACCUCAAUAUCCAAUGCAGGGGUUGGCAACAUUAUCAUUUUAAUAGGUAUUCUAAUAAAAUAUAGAAAACAAUACUCCAAAUUAUUAAAACAGAAAAUUUCAACAGUUCAUAAAACAAAAAAAAAUGUUAUUUUUACCGCGAGUAGUAUUGGAAAGACACAGAACAUAAUGAAAAUAAGUAAUUAAUUUUUACUGUAUAAUGAGCGCCCGAAUGUUGGCGAGACAUAACCGAACGAUACCUAAUGUAUAUGAGAUGAAAGAGACGGUUAUUACUAAUAACUGUAAUAACUUAUUAGACUGUCAGUCUCAUAGUCUCGUAAAGGUGAAUGAACUUUUGUAUCGCUUCUCGUUGACCGUACUUAUGCAUAUUUUCAGAUGACUACGACUUGGAUUGUAAUUUUAUUACAGGUAAUAAAUUAAGGUUAAUAAAUUAACAGAUUCAAUUCUACCAAAUUGCAAAUCGUAAACAGAGCGGUCCUUUAAACAAACAAUUUGUCAGAAAAACGAGCGGUCUUAUGUACAAACAAAUUUGUCGGAAAACCUUAAAAAAGUUACACACAUCUUGUAGUUCCUCUUUGUUUUGAAUAGUACGCAAUGUAUGUUUUUGGUAGUCGGUUUGUGUCGCCAUCUAUGUGAUUGUGAAAUCCUCGAUGACCUUAGGGUAAGUAUAGAUUACAGCGGAUUCGGAUUGGCCAUCUGUUUCAUUGAUUUCCGCGGCAAUGCACGAGGCUCCUUCGUCU